GAGAGAGAGAGAGAGAGAGAGAGAGAGAGAGGUGUCGCUGGUUACUACCAGUCGUCUUCACCAAGGCAAACCAAUUUAGCGGUCGAAAAGGAGGCAGCUCGGGCCACGCAACCUCUUUCUUUGUCGAUUCCUCUCUUCACUUUCCCCUUUUCUCCAUUCUCAAUACUGUUCUAUUUAAAUGAAUAGAUCACUCCUCAUAUCCAUCAUUGUCUUCAGUCUCGUCCUCAUAAUUCAAUCAUUCCUCGGCAAUGGGUUCUCUUGCGGCCCUGGCGAAGAUGAAGGAAGUCAUCAAAUUAGAGAGAGAGUCAGUGAUCCCAAUCCUCAAACUCAAGCUUGUGAUGAAGCUCUCCUACCUUAUAGAGCAACCUGCAGAUAGAACAGAUUUCAUGAAGUUGUGCAAACGAAUGGAGUACACUAUCCGGGCUUGGUAUCUACUGCAGUUUGAGGAUCUCAUGCAACUUUAUACCUUAUUCAACCCUGUUAACGGUGCUGAGAAAUUGGAGCAACAAAACUUGCGCUCAGAUGAGAUUGAUGUUCUUGAGCAGAACUUCCUAAGAUUCUUCUUUAAGGUAAUGGAAAAGAGCAAUUUCAAAGUGGUCACAAAUGAGGAGAUGGAUGUAGCACACCAUGGGCAGUAUCUCCUAAAUCUUCCUAUCAGAGUGGAUGAAUCAAAGUUGGACAAAAAUCUUUUCUCAAGGUAUUUCAAAGAGCAUCCCCAGGAAAAUCUCCCUGAAUUUUCUGACAAGUACGUAGUCUUUCGGCGAGGUAUUGGUAUUGACAGAACAACGGAUUACUUCUUCAUGGAAAAAUUGGAUAUGCUUAUAGCACGUUUUUGGCAAUGGAUUCUUAGAGCUUCUAAGUUGGAAAAGUUUUUGUCCAGAAAGACAAUCAUGAGGCGAAGGACAGAUUCACAGAAAGCUGAUGAAACAAUUGGAGAAACAGAAUUGCAGGACUUAUAUGUGGAACGCAUCCAGCUUAAAAAGAUGGAGCUAAAUAUGCAAAAUUUGGUCGGAAAGAUUACAAUCCAGGAACCAACUUUUGAUAGGAUGAUUGUUGUCUACAGGAGAGCCAGCAGUGAUGACAAGAAAGACAGAGGAAUCUAUGUUAAACAUUUUAAGAGCAUUCCUAUGGCUGAUAUGGAGCUAGUUUUGCCUGAAAAGAUGAAUCCAAGCCUGACCCCAAUGGAUUGGGUUAAAUUCCUGAGUUCUGUUGUCAUUGGACUUGUAACUCUGGUUAGCUCUCUUGAAAUGCCCAAAUCUGACAUUUGGGUUGUUAUAGCCAUCCUUUCUGGUGUUAUUGGCUAUUGUGCAAAGAUUUAUUUUUCGUUUCAACAAAACUUGGUAACUUAUCAAAAUUUAAUAACACAAUCGAUGUAUGACAAGCAACUUGAUAGCGGAAGAGGCACGCUUCUACACUUGUGCGAUGAUGUAAUUCAACAGGAAGUUAAAGAAGUGAUAGUGUCUUACUUUAUAUUGAUGGAGCAAGGGAAGGCAACAAUUCAAGAUCUCGAUUUUAGAUGUGAAGAACUCAUCAAGGAUGAGUUUGGUGUUCAAUGCAAUUUUGAUGUGGUAGAUGCUGUUCAAAAGCUGGAGAAGCUUGGACUGGUAACUCGAGACACGAUUGGAAGAAUUAUGUGUGUUCCUCUGAGACGGGCCAAUGAUAUAAUAGGGAUCACCACAGAAGAACUAGUAUUGAAAGCAAGACGAACUCCAGCGGCUUGAGCUUAAGUCUACCAGGGCUUCUGUAAACUGUGUCAGGUUUCUGAAGUUGAAGCAUAGUUUCUCCAAGGUCCUUUUCUCCUUUACUCAAAAUUCUUUCAUUAAUUGCCCUGUAAUAAUGGAUUCUUUCCUUUUCUUUUUCCCUUGUGCUCUUCACAUUCUUUUUUUCUUUGUUUCAUCUUAGCUUUCAUGUAUAGUGAAUCCCCAACCUGUAAAUUUUAUUCUCUCGCGGUUACAUAAUAAUUUUAUUUCAGCUUACCUGCAAUUCAUAUCUAGCUAGGACCACCAUCAUCUCAUCCUAAUGUUUGUAUCAAACGAAGGAAACAAGGUAAAUGUAUAUGGAAUGCGUAGCUUGAUUAUGAAACUAAAAUCAUGGUUUGUAAGACUGUAAA